UAAAAAAAAGUUGCUAAGGCUAAAAAGACGUUGCUAAGGUAACGGAUAUAACUGUAUACAACAACAAGACUAGCUUGUUAGCAACUAUCUGCCUUUUUUCUUUUACCUAUAUCUCACACUCACACGCCAUGGAGGAGUCAGAUACAUACUUAAUACGACCUAACUACCAGCACAAGUUUAAGACAGCUAUUGUAAAGGAAUAUAUUCGGGAAAUAGUGAGAGAUCGGCUCUCUGGAGUUCAGUAUGACCCACAGGAAGUGGCCAAGCUGUCCUCUUCACUGGCAGACUGCAUUAAGGACAAAGUGAAGAAUGCAGGAUUUGACAGAUAUAAACUUGUUGUGCAAGUAGUCAUUGGAGAGCAACGGGGUCAAGGAGUCAACAUGUCCUCCAGGUGUUUUUGGGAUGCUGACACCGACAGCUAUGCAGAAGAUGUUUUCAUGAACGACAGCUUGUUCUGUGUGGCAGCAGUUUUUGGAAGCUAUUACUACUGAGGACUAAAGUAUGGAUGGAAGAGAAAUCACUCAUGAAGUUAUGUGAGGGGAACAUUUGGGAGACAGCCUGCUGUUAGCUUUUCUUUUUCUGAGGUAUUUAAGAAUGUAACAGCUUCAUUGUUAAGAGAUAUUUAUCACUUCUUCUCUGAAUGGCAUCUGAGCUGCUGAAGAAUCUCUGUGGGAGUAGAAGACUUGACAAGAUGGUUAUUCUUGAAUCAGACCUCCUAUUAUGGUGUGGCUAAUUUGGGUAUUACCUGAAAAAAAUAUGGCUUUUUUCAGGUCUGAACCAGUCAACACUAAAAAUUGUUAAAAAGUCUUUUCAUAAAAUGGGAUUACUGAACAAGCCACCUGACUCAAUCUAGUAAAACGUCACCUGCAUUAGUAGUUAUUAGGGAUUAAAUGCACAACAGCUCAGGGACAAAACCCUUCAGUGUCUUUGGUUAGACACUGAAGCUACAGCAGAGGUCAGUAUUUGUCCAAUUGUCUGCAUCACUUAUUCAUUCAGUUUUUAAACAAAUAUUUAUCACAGUCAGAGCUUGACAUGUCUUAGGGAAAAUCUUUUGCAUGCCAGUUUGAUAUUUAUUUAUUUUUCCUUGAAAGUAACUGGCUGUAAUAAUAAAAAAAACUUAUUUCAUUGUUCAUAGCAUUUUAUUAUAUAUAUGUUCCAAGCUGAAAUGUUGAGUAUUUGCAGAUCUUUUCUGAAUAAACUAAAUGUAUACUGAAAACUUCUUGAAAUUGGUAAUUUAAAUCAAAUUCCUAUUUAGGGAAUUAUGCCUGGCUUAAAAAGAAGACUGAUAACUGAAGAGAAUUGACAACAGAAAUUCAAUAGAAAUGUUUCUUUUUAAGUAUAACUGUCACAGUUUUUCCAUAAUUUUGUGAUAGCUUAAGCUGAUCUUGGUUAUAUCUUCAUGCACCUGUAUGAAAGCAGUAGAAGAAACAGAAAUGUCACGUGCCCACUGAUAGAAUUGGCUUUCUGAGUUUAUAUCCUUUUAAUGGCAUCAUCUCACUGUGUACCUGUCCCUACCUGUUUAUGCCAUGUCUGCAAGACUGUCAUCCUUCAUACCAGUGAAUUGUAAAAUGAUUAUUCUCAUACUGUAAAGUAACUGUUGCUGGAAUCACUGACUUCAGUUUUUUGUAUGACAAUCAUCAACUAAAACUCAGAAUUACAGCAACCC